AUGGCGACCUCCGUCGAUGAUGCCCUCGCCAACCUCACGUUCGCUGAUCUGGAGGAGGGAGAGGAGAACCAACAUCACGAGCGACUGCAUGUCGAUGCUGAGGAGGUGGCUGAUGAGUUCUAUGUCAUGGGAAGGUUAGUAACUGAUAAAUCCACUCGAUUUGCUUUUUUCCGCGACACUAUGGCGACUGUUUGGAGGCCGACACGGGGGAUGAAUGUUCGAGAAUUGCAGCCUCACCGCUACUUGUUUCGAUUCUUUCUUGAGAAGGAUGUUCAGAGAAUUAUAGAUGACGAGCCUUGGUCUUAUGAACAAAGUGUUUUGAUAUUGAAGCGUAUUACAUUGAGGGAGGAUCCAGAAGAUGUCUCCCUAAACUUGGCGGAAUUCUGGGUUCAACUUCAUGUGAAAACUGACGAAAGGAAUUUUGAUUACUCAAUUAGACAAUUCUUCCGUAUCAAGAUUGCUGUUGAUGUUCUGAAACCUUUGAAAAAGGGUAUCCGUUUGAAGAAAGAUUCUGGUGAGUGGUUUACAGUAGAUUUCAAAUAUGAACUCCUCCCUACUUCCUGCUUCGUGUGUGGUGUUCUUGGUCACGCUGAAAAAUUUUGCUCGAAAGAUGUGAGCCCAGGUGUGAAACCUUACAAUGCGGAACUCUUGGCUGGCAAUCGACGUGGAACUCCGACGGCGGGGCUAUGA